AAAGCAGGGCCCCGGCUGGAUGAGCUCCCUCAGUGUGGGAGAGCGCCCUGUCUGGCUAGUCCUGGGUCCCUGGUGUGCUAAGCGACACCCGCGUGCCAGAGGAGGCCAGCGGGCACUGAGGCAACCAUGGGGCUGCUGAGUGGGGUUGCGCUGGGGCCCCUGGCCGUGGCCGUGGCCAUCUUCCUGCUCCUGGUGGACCUGAUGCACAGACGCAGAUGCUGGGCUGCACGCUACCCGCCAGGCCCCGUGCGGAUGCCCCUGCUGGGCAACCUGUUGCAGAUGGACUUCCAGAACGCGCUCUGCUACUUCGACCAGCUGCGGCAGCGCUUCGGGAACGUGUUCACCCUGUACCUGGCCUGGACACCCUUUGUCGUGCUCAAUGGCCUGGACGCCGUGCGCGAGGCCCUGGUGUACCACAGCGAGGACACAGCCGACCGUCCGCCGAUGCCCAUCUAUGAGCACCUGGGGUUCAAGCAGUACUCCCAAGGGGUGAUCUUGGCGCGCUACGGGCGCGAGUGGCGGGAGCAGCGGCGCUUCUCCUUGUCCGCCUUGCGCAACUUCGGCCUGGGCAAGAAGUCGCUGGAGCAGUGGGUGACCGAGGAGGCCUCGAGCCUCUGUGACGCCUUCGCCGACUACGCCGGACGCCCCUUCAGCCCCCGCGCCCUCCUGGAUAAAGCGGUGAGCAACGUGAUCUCCUCCCUCACCUUCGGGCGCCGCUUCGAGUACGACGACCCGCGGCUCCUCAAGUUGCUGGACCGGCUGCACGCGGGCCUGGAGGAGGACCAGGGCCUCCUGCGCGAGGUCCUGAACACCAUCCCUGUGCUCCUGCACAUCCCGGGGCUGGCUGGCAAGCUCUUCUCAGCACAGAAGGCCUUCAUGACCCUGAUAGAUGAGCUAGUCCGGGAACACAGAACAAGCCGAGACCCGACCCAGCCACCCCGAGACCUGACUGACGCCUUCCUGGAUGAGGUGGAAAAGGCCAAGGGGAACCCCAAGAGCAGCUUCAAUGACGAGAACCUGAGCAUGGUGACAUCUGACCUGUUCGCGGCCGGGAUGGUGUCCACCUCCACCACGCUGACCUGGGCCCUGCUGCUCAUGAUCCUGCACCCGGACGUGCAGCGUGAGCCCACGCUGGGGGCCCGGUGGGCUGGACGAGGGAGGAGAGGGACAGGCUGGGGCCUCUUGAACAUGAUUUGCAACACCCCCCACCCCCGCCCCACCGAAACCCCGAGCAGAGGCUGGGCUCUGGUCGGAGGACGUGUCCAACAGGAGAUAGAUGAGGUGAUAGGGCAGGCGCGGCAACCGGAGAUGGGGGACCAGGCCCACAUGCCCUUCACCAUGGCCGUGGUCCAUGAGGUGCAGCGUUAUGCGGACAUCGUGCCACUGGGCGUGCCCCACAUGACGACCCGAGACAUCGAAGUGCAGGGCUUCCUCAUCCCCAAGGGGACAAGGCUUAUCACCAACCUGUCGUCGGUGCUGAAGGACAAGACGGCCUGGAAGAAGCCCUUCCGGUUCGACCCCGAGCACUUCCUGGACGCCGAGGGCCGAUUCGUCAAGCAGGAGGCCUUCAUGCCCUUCUCCGCAGGCCGCCGUGUCUGCCUCGGGGAGCCCCUGGCCCGCAUGGAGCUCUUCCUCUUCUUCACCCGCCUCCUGCAGCGCUUCGACUUCUCGGUGCCCCCCGGGCAGCCCCGGCCCAGCGACCACGGCACCUUCUCCUUCCUGGUGACCCCCGCCCCCUACCAGCUCUGCGCCGUGCCUCGCUAGAGGGAGGCAGCUCCCCCACUGGCUCCUCAGCGGGGCCGUGCUGUGCCAAUAAACCGGUUUGGGUGGCUCCACCCUGGCUUC